AUGACGGUGGCAGCCGCACCCAAGACUACAGCGCCGCGCGAAAGACUCAACUUUCGCCAGAUGAGACACGGGAUGAUUGCAGUCACGCGGCGGUAUCUCCGCGACGAGCUAGGCGAUACGGAGCCCAUGCGGAUUGCUGCAUCAGAGCUUCUGGCAGGACACUCGGUGCAAACAGGGAUGCAAGUGUACGGCGUGGACAAGUUCACGUUUGAGGGAGUGGACCACUCAACGGCAUAUUCCAUGCAGGAGGAGAUCUCCAAGCGGUGGAUACGGUGGUUGGGGCUUGAGAGCGAUCCGGAGGUGGUGUUGGCAGAUGCUCAGAAGCGGACGUUCAAUGGAGCGUAUGUCCACGACGAGCGCAGCGCAGAGGACCUGGUCAUGGCCGGCAAAGAGCUGUACGGUAGCGACUUUGUCUUUAAGAGCAUUGAGCAGAGUAUGGCGUGUGUGGAUGU